AUUAUUACGAGAGUCUCUCGUUUCGUCGACGCUCUCGUUCGUUUCCAUUUCAGACGUCGGGAAAGCGUCGGACGAUAUUCGACGAUAAAUACUACCGGAAUUAAAUACGAUUUCGGAUAACGAACCGGCCUCGCGAUAAGGACGACUAGAAAGCGAGCAUCCUUAUUUAUUAGACAUCGACGGCGGAUUCCUCACAUUCGAGAUUCCGUGAAAACGAGAGAAAACGGCCGACACCGGAAAAGAACAGACGCUGGCAAUGAAAACGAUACGGAUCAGCGACGCAUUUUCGUUUUUUACUUUGCUCAUGCAGGUAGUACACGUACGCGGUAAACCGAGGACGAUUUCGCGAAGAGUUUACGAUUCAUAAAGAGGCUCUCGCCUCGACCCACGGGACCUCGUGGAAAACAAAUUACAUAAACAAUUCGCGUUCGUUUAUCGUCGCUGUUCAACCAUUUUUACAAACUCGUUUCUCUCUUAUAAAACAACGAAUGGAGAUUCGAGAUCGAAGUCGGGCACGUGUCGCAUCCGCUCUCGGAACGAGUUUCGAACGAUGUUUAUCAUCGCUUCUCGCCCAGAUCGGUGGAAAGGCGAUUUCGAAAGCGGACGCUCGACGUAAAUCGUCUAAAAAGUCUCGCCUCUACUAAAAUUCUGGUGCAUUAUCUAACGUGACCUGAUUUGCGCAACGAUCAUCGAAUUGACUAUUACGGCUGGCAAUUACGAUUCUCGCCAGUCGAUUCGAUUCCUUCUCUGAUCGUGCUCCCCCCAUCGAACCCCGAUCUCGGCGACCGAGGCCAGUGCUCGGAUCUGUCAUUUGCCUGAUCGCCGCUGUCGGACGAUCAACGAGUACCAAGCGGAUUUCGCGGAAGCGGCGAUAAGUGGAAAAAAAUCGCCGAAGACAAACGGGAAGAGUGGCCAAGAGGCAAGGUCUACCUCCUACCUCUUCGACCGACCGACCGACCGACAACGUGUUCGCGUGCUGGCCAGGUUUACCGGCAUUGCCACUGGCCUUGCUCAGUGUUGUUUACUCGCGCGGAGUGCUCGCCACACUCGCUCCGUUCCGUUUCUCCCGUCGGCGGACUCUCGAUCUCGCAAAGAGAAAUUUGCAGAAGCAAAAGGAAGGAAGGUAGGACGGAGACAAAAAAGGGGAUGAACGAAUCGACAUGGAGAAAUCGUGGUACAGCGUCGGCCUUGUCCGUUUGAUUCUGUUUGGCCUAGCGAUGUCUCCCUGCUGGGGAACGCGAACCACUCCGAUGCACAAGGUGCAGUUCACACAGAAGGGAUACAUUCAGUUUCUGCGAUGGGAGUUGCCGGUACCGGAGAUCACCGAGUUCACCUUCUGCCUCUGGUUGCAGUCCGACGACCUGACUCACCCUCACUCGAUGUUCUCCUAUUCGAAGGACGAGAAGGAGCGAUUGGUGCGCGCGUGGAUCGCGCCGCGAGGACGGAGCGUCCAUCUAGAGAUCGGGGGAAUGCGGGUGUUUGAGACGGUCACCGAGAUUCGCGAGAAUCGCUGGUACCACUUCUGCGUCAGCUGGGAAAACGAGACUGGACGCUACGGUCUGUGGAUCAACGGUCGCGUGUGGGCGCACGGAUCCUCCGUCGAGACAAUCGGACACGCGAUACCGAAGGGAGGAGACAUCGUGGUGGGACAGGAGUACACCGACUUCGACAAAGGCCUCGAGGACGGGAUCGAGGGUGCGGUGUUCGGUUUCAACUUGCUACUGGCCUCCGCGUUUGAACCCCUGCAUGAUUUCGGCCCACCUUUCUGGGGUCACACCGUCGCAAAGAUUCCGACGAAACGCGACGUCGAAUAUGGGACGAGAAUUUUUCCGAUUUCCAAAGAGGCUCGAGAGCGUCGCUACGCCGACCACGCCGUGUCCCUACCCCUGUUCUUGAUAACGAGCCGGCAAAAGGCAGAUCCUUGGCGUAACGACGUAAGAAACGAAUGGACCGAGUUUGAGAAACGACCCCUGGGGCUGCAAUUAGUGAAACUGUCGUACGUGCGUUGCGAGAUCGGAAGGGGCAGCCCGUUCAUCGGCGGAUCUUUGAUGCUGAUCUCCUGGACCAGGACGCCCGUUCGCGUGUUCGGCGGAGCUCUGUUGAAGAACGUGGGCAACGAGUGCGGAAUGUUUCCAGCGACGCCCGAGGGCCUCUGAUCGAAUUCGCGACUCGCGAAAACGCAAACGGAUUCGAAAAUGGAAUGGACGCGAGGCUCACGUUCCUUUUACGAACGCCUGCCGGACGAAAUCGGUGAACCAGCCGGGCGACGGGACGUUGAGCAACCAUUAGAUAAUUGUAUCAACCGGGCGAUUAGUCGAAGAAAGGCAUUGUGUCCUGGGGGUCCGAUAAAAAUGUGGCGCAGUGCCGCGACGACGACGUGACGUGUAACGGCUUGCCGCAAUCUCGGAAAAAACUCGAGGGGAGAACAAACGUUGCGGUGGGUCGUUACAAAACCGAGGACAGAUCGACGUCGAGGCGAGGUAAAAAAAAAGGUCGGUCGAGCGCCCUUUUACGCGCGACGAGGAAGCAUGGAGAGCACGUCGCCGAUUUCGUCGGCAGAAUCGACCCGUCGUUUCAUACGAUUUACUCCCGGAACGUUCGACCGCACUAGUUUCGCCUUUAGCGUAGAACUCGACACACAAUGCGUUACAAGUCGCCGUGGCGCACCGGUUCGACCUGUUUCGCAAUUAUUCUCACGGGUUACGCGCGAACGAGCUAUUACGUUCCGUUCUACCUCCGCGAACCCAUAUAGGGCGAACCUUUUUUUCAUCACGCCGCGUUCGUCCCUCGGCCGGACGCAGACGUAACAAUGAAUCACUGUUACGAACGACCGCACUAAUUAAGAUAAUUCUGUAACGAUCGCGAUACGUCUAAGAAUAAAUGAGUAAGAGAAUCGAA